AUGUCGUUCAUACCGGGUUCGUUGGGUUUCGAUGAAUUCGGAACUCCAUUCAUCAUCAUCAAAGAUCAACACAAACAACGUAGACUGACUGGUGUCGAUGCAUUAAAGGUUUGUGUAUUUAUUUUCAUACAUUUUAUAAAAUAGUUUAUUUCGUUUUGUUACUUUGGUUCAUCAAUGAUAUAAAACUCAAUGAACUCCUAGGAAUAAGAUUUGUCCGUCCAUUGUGUAACGAAGUGUGACCAGGUGUGCUUUAAUACCUUUUGACACAUGGUUAUUAUUUUGCAAUUAAAAAUAUUUCUAAUGAAUCAAAUUCUUUGGCUUUCUUUCUUAUUAGUUAUAGAAAUGUUAAAUAAUGAUUUACCUACUUAAUGUUUAGUCACAUAUUUUGGCUGCACGGUCCGUUGCCAAAACACUGUAUACAUCAUUGGGCCCAAAAGGUUUGGACAAAAUGAUGGUGUCAUCUGACGGAGAAGUGACUGUUACUAAUGAUGGUGCUACAAUAUUAAAAAUGAUGGAUGUCGAUCAUGAGAUCGCUAAACUCAUGGUACAGUUAUCUCAGAGUCAAGAUAAUGAAAUUGGUGAUGGAACUACUGGUGUUGUAGGUAUGUAAAAAGUUAAUAUUUUAUUAUUUUUACAAUUUACAUUCAUGUAUCCAUCCUAAAUGUUUAUAGUUAUUGCUGGGGCUUUACUCGAGCAAGCCGAACAUUUGCUUGAUCAAGGUAUACAUCCUAUCAGAAUUGCUGAUGGAUUUGAAUUAGCUGCUCAAAGUGCCUGCAAACAUUUAGACUCGAUUGCUGAUUCGUUUCCAGUUGAUAUUAAUAACUUGGAGCCCCUUAUUAAAACAGCAAUGACAACUUUGGGAUCAAAAAUGUAAGGAAUACAUAUUUUGUUUUAUCAAUCAGAAUCUAAUAUUCAAUUGAAUGGGUUAUUUGGAAAUGGGAACAUGUCAAAUAUUGUGAAAUUUUCAGAGAUUUAUUAUUUGUAUCUAAACUCGUUAUUUGAUGUGAAAAAAUGUGAAACAUUCAUAUGUUCAUAUAGUAUAACUAAGUAUAUGUCUUUAUUUUGUUUAUUUUGAAAAAGGAAAAUCACAAUAUGGUUGGUUUUUUGUUUUUCCUUUAAAAUUUAAAUUUCUGGGGAUGUUCCAUUUUCCAAAUAACCUGUUCAAUUUAAAUAGUAAUUUGAUAAUUACAGUGUUUAAACCAGCAUAGCAUUAAAAAAUAUGAUUAUGUCCAAACUUCCAGGUCCCAAUUUCCAACCCACACAGGUUGGUUCUUUUAUAACUUAAUAUUAAUAAUUAUUAAUUAUAAAUGUUAUAAUUAUAUAUAAUAGUUAUUAAAUAAUAAAUUCUAAAUUAUUAAUAUGAAACAUUAAUUUCAAAAAACGCAAUAAUUUCUUUUUAACAAUGUACCUGUACUUUAUUAAAUGCAUAUUGUGUUAUUUUUAAUUCUCAGAUACUCUUAGGUAUUUUUUAUUUGUACUUAAGAAAACCUACCUAAAGUUUUCCCUAAUAAUUUCACAUAAUCUAAUAACAUAUUUUUAAUUUUAUUUUUAAUUGUAUUUAUUUAAAUUAAGACAGACAUUUUAUAGUAUGUACCUAUUUAAGUAUUUUAAAUAUCUGUUUUAGUAUUUUUAGUUUUAAUUAUCCAACAUGUUUAUUCGAAUUACUAAAAACAGUUAAAUAAGAGGUAAAAUAAAGUUUGGAUAGACAGAUUGAUUUACGAAAACAGCCCAAAAAACAUGCCAUCCAACUUAGAAUUGAACUCUGGCCUCUCGCUUGCUGAGCAAUUUCUUUAAUACUGAGUUACCCGGUACUUGUCUUUCACACUGUUUCUAAGAUACUUAAACCAUUCCUCAAUCAAUCAAAAAAUUGAAUUGAUUACAAAACUAAAAACUAUUAAUAAAUUGACUAUUCUUAUUAACACUUGGUGAAAAAAAAAAUAUUAAACUACCCUAAAGUAUUGAAAUUUAGUUUUGUUGUUAUUUAGUAGUUAUUUACCCAAUUUAAAGAUAUUUAUAUAUUUUUUCAGUGUAAACAAGUGUCAUCGUCAAAUGGCUGAAAUAGCUGUGAAUGCAGUAAUUGCUGUAGCUGAUUUUGAAAAACGGGAUGUCAACUUUGAAUUAAUCAAAGUUCAAGGCAAGGAAGGUGGAAGGUUAGAAGACACAAUGUUAGUAAAAGGAGUUGUUGUUGAUAAAGAUUUUUCCCAUCCUCAAAUGCCAAAAGUGAGUUAAAGCUUAUUAUCCUAUCUAUCAUGAUUUCAACCUAGUAUACAAUUAAAAAAUAUGUAUAUAUUUAUGAAAUCUUAUAUAAUAAAAUAGUUAUUUUAUUAUGUCAUGCUAUCUCACUACCAGGUAAUUAGCACAUAGUGUCAAUUGUUGUUUACAACAUUUGAUGUAUAAUUUAUUAAAAAUUGGUUAUAUUGAUUUGUUUUGAUUAAUCAAUUUCAUAUUAUAUUGUUAUAUAUUUUGAUGUUUCUUAGAAAACUUUAAAAAAUAAUUUUAACAUCAUUUUUUAGAUAUGAUGGUAGUAAAUCAGGUAAAGCUGGAUUUUUUGAAAAAUAUCAAUUUAAUCUCAACAAUAACUCUCCCCCUUCAGUGAAUAUGAUUUAUAUUACUUGUAUUUUUUACUAGUAAUUUAUGAUAUAUUGUAGAACUGUUCAUUUCUUAAAAAUUUGAUAUUGCAAUAUCUAUUUACAAUAGAUUAUGAUAAUGUAUGUGGUAGACCAUAUAAGACAUGUGAAAUUGUAUGAUAGCCCAUAAAUAACAAUAAUACUAAAAUAGCUAGCUAAUUUAAAUUAUGCCUAUAGCAGCUAUUUUUUAUUUGAGUAUUUUUAUUAGUAUUAUUGUUGAGAGUUCAUCAGUAACACUCACAAGUUAGGGCUUAUGGGUAAUGCUUAGAUUUGUUGUCUAGUUUAUAUUUACUUGGGCUAAAUUUUUGAGAUAUCUUCCUUAAGUAUAAUUUUUUAUUGAACAUAUUGAAAGAAAUUUGAUUAAAUGCAUUUUCUUUGCUAAGUUCCAAUUCUUUUUAGUAUUAUUCUUAAAGUACAAGCAAUAUCAUAUUAUAUUAUUUUCUUUUAGGUUAGGGCUUUUAUUAAUAAUGUAAUGUUGUUCUUGUUCUCUAUACACUUCAGUUCAAUUUUUUUAUGACUAGCUGAUGUCCGAAUUCUUUCCAAAUAUUUGGUUAUCAAUAUUUGUUAUUUAUUAUAUGGUUUAAAUGUAUUAUUUAAAUUGUUGUUGCUUUUAUGUAUUAGGAAUUGAAAAAUGUCCAUCUCGCAAUCCUUACUUGUCCGUUUGAACCCCCUAAGCCAAAAACCAAACAUAAGUUGGACAUCGCUUCAGUUGAAGACUACAGAGCAUUACGCAAAUAUGAACAAGAUACAUUUAAUGAUAUGGUUAAGAAAGUUAAAGACGCUGGUGCUACUUUAGCUAUUUGUCAAUGGGGUUUUGAUGAUGAAGCUAAUCAUUUAUUACUGAAACAUGAUUUACCUGCUGUACGUUGGGUUGGUGGACCAGAGAUUGAAGUAAGGACUGUUGAAAUAUUCUUAAUGUUUACUAAAUUUUGAAUUAGCAUUGUUUUUUUUAAAAUAUUUAGGCCAAACAGUGAAUUAACCUUUCAUAUUUAUGUUAUUUUGGUAAUGAUGUGCACUAUACUAAGCAAUAUAAGCUUAUAUUUUUGAGUUUUUUUUUAAAUUUAAAUUUGUUAGAACUGUAAUCAAAACUACCAUUCUUACUUAAUCAAGUAAAUUAUUGUUAAAAUAAACUUUUAGUAAAUUAUAAUUACAAUAGUGAAUUUAUUUUUUAAGCAAUGAAAAAUUACUCCAAAGUAUUUUAAUAACUAAAAAAAAACAGCCAUUUAUCUAUUGUUAUAUCAAAACAAGGCUGAUUAUAAAAUAAAUAAUUAUAAAUAUUGCUUGGUUUGGCAAAUAUUUUUAUAAAGUAGGCUUCAAUUAAAACUUAAAAAUAUCUAAAUCAUUAAAUCGGUAUUUAGAGUAAAUUAAUAAAUUGUUAGGACUUAUUACACCCUAUUCUUUAUUUUUUAAUUAGUUUUGUAACUUAAUAAUUCCAAAUAUUUAUAUUAUUUGAAAUCGCUAUAUUUAUAUUAAUACUAAUUACAGUUAAUUGCAAUUGCCACUGGAGGUAGAAUUAUUCCUCGUUUUGAAGAAGUAUCUAAAGAAAAAUUAGGAUACGCUGGAAAAGUUAGUGAACUUUCUUUUGGUACUACUAAAGAUAAAAUGUUGCUGAUUGAAGAAUGCAAAAAUUCACGUGCUGUCACCAUAUUUAUACGCGGUGGAAAUAAAAUGGUUUGAUAAACUAAAUUAUUUUAAACAUUUUAUUAUGGAUUUAACACAUUAUUUCUGAAAAUUUAGAUAAUUGAAGAAGCCAAACGCAGUAUUCAUGAUGCUUUAUGUGUUGUUCGUAACUUGGUGCAGGACAAUCGUAUUGUUUACGGUGGUGGUGCUGCUGAAAUUUCAUGUGCUAUUGCUGUUUCUUCUGAAGCUGAUAAGAUUUCAUCUAUUGAACAAUACGCAUACCGUGCAUUUGCAGAUGCUUUAGAAAGUGUUCCAUUAGCAUUAGCUGAAAAUAGUGGAUUAUCACCAAUUGAUACAUUGACUCAAGUCAGAGCCAGACAAAUUAAAGAAAAUAAUCCGGCUCUUGGUAUUGAUUGUAUGCUCAUUGGAACUAAUGGUAAACAAUUUGAUUUAUUGAAAUAUUUUAUGUGCUGCCAUUUUAUUUAUUAUUAAAUAAUAAAUUACUUUUUAUUUAUAGAUAUGAAAGAACAAAAUGUUAUCGAGACACUCCAUAGCAAGAAACAACAAAUCAUUUUGGCAGCUCAGUUGGUAAAAAUGAUAUUGAAAAUUGAUGAUGUCAGAGUUCCAGGAGAAAAUUUUGAUUAG